AUGGGCCGGACCAGCUUCACUAUAUGCGAGGACAAGGUUCAGAUGGACGCCCAGCAGCUAGCACGUAUAUUCCAUGACAACUUAAAAGUCGAUGAAUCACCAGACGUAUACAUCAAGGCAUUAGACGAACUGGUUAGCGGAAGCAGCGUAAUAAACGUUGAGGACAUUGAGGAGGUUGUGCUACACUGUAUUAAAGAUCAUACCGAAUCUCGUAAUCAUUUUCUGCAGCUAUCCAGGACCAGACCCGGGAGCCUGCUUGAAUUGCUAGAGUAUGGGAGCGGCAAAAGUAUUCCUGCGAUAGUUGAUGCCUUUUCAAACGCUCAAGACACGAAUGCAGUUCUCCGUGAAAUUCAAAAGCUACUACAGGAUAGGAACAGAACCCCUGCAUGGUACAUUCAACUAAUCUAUCAGUUGCUGGAGAAAAACUGGUACACAUUCAGCGACCUGGCCUUUCUGGUCCGCGUUUUGCCACGCAGAAUGGACAGUGAACAGGUACGCCCACUGUCAUUGGUGCUAUUUGCACGGCUACAUUCCUCGUACCCCAGUGACUUUGAGAAGGAGUUUACAGAUACGAUUGAUACUCUGGCAAUUGAAGCAGACGUGGGCAUCGAAGGAUCUCUAGAUGCAGUAUUAUUAACGCUGACCGAGCUAUUUCCGUUGCUGCCGUUACUAUGCUCCCAACUUCUUCUGAAACCUGAACUUCAGCAGGUGCUACGGGAUGAGAGCACACGGAAUAGGAAGACCCUACUGCUCGCCUUGAAUCUGUUAUCUGUCGCUUGUAUUGAUGAUACAGUUCGCCGCUACAUUGCAGACAACCUGCUAAAGGAAUUGGAGACAGCGUUCUCUGAUUCAGACACAAAACUGUAUGCAUCCAUUGUCUUAAUAAAAACAUGGGCCUUCAAAAAGCUGCAAUCUAUUGAUAUCGAACAACUCUGUGCAACCUGCGUAACCGAGUUGCAGUCGCCUGUCGUCAAAAGGCGUGCCAUUGCAGUAGAAGGACUCGCAUAUCUUACGUUGAAAAGCACGGUGAGGAUAUCUAUACGGGCGGAUGGCGACGCGUCUCUUAUUUUAGUCCAAUUGCUAAAAAAGAAUCCUGACUCCUCCACCAUUUACGGAAUACUUUCUACAUUGGUCAAUCUCACUGCAUCGCCCUCAGAGCAAUCAUCCGAACAGAAAUCCCUGAAUGCACUAAAGGCAUACGCAGACUUGCAUGUACCGGCCAGUGGCAAACAGGAGCCACUUGAGGAUGACGACGAAAUCGAUGCUUUCAUUGAAGACUACAUUCUUGACCUACAAGUAAUUGGUACCCUAAGGUCGUCGAAGAACGUACUGAUGGCUAACUGUAAAGAACAGCUUGCGAAACUGAUAUAUCAGGUAACGAAGAGUCGACCUUUUAUCCAAUCCUGUGUUAAACAAGGCGCCACCACGUUUUUGCUCGAGUACCUCAACGAUGCACCCGUUCACAAUAUUAUCCAAAUACUUGCCGCCAGAGCCUUAGCCCGCAUACUUAUAAAUACAGAUCCCAAACUUCUCUUCCAUCGCCAUUCCCCUAUGAACUCUGUCCCAGCUCUUUUUGGAUUGAUCCCAAUUCUCGACGGCUUGGACAAUGAAGAGGCCCUGUCUUACCUCACGACACGCGAUAGUUAUGAAGCCCUACUGGCGCUGACGAACCUGGCGGCCACAGAUAGCAGUGAGGAGCUUGCUAAGGUUAUUGUUUCCAAUAAUCGGUACUGGUUGAAGCUCAUGAACUGUGUCCUUGACGAAACUGUCCAGAUCCAACGUUCUGCACUGGAACUUCUAGCCAACCUAAUGGCACGGCCUAUCAACAUCGCAGCAAAGUUCUUUAAUCUUGCCAACCCGGAGAGCCGCAAAAACUUUGAUACGCUAGUGUGUCUCUUACGCCUUGAAGAUAUCCGUUCCCAGCGUGCGAUCGCAGCGAUUUUUGCCAACAUUGCGGGCUCCAUACCAUUCAUUGCUGAGGAGCUGCUUAAGGAAGAUGAACUAAUAAAAGCCGUCAUACUAACAUUAAAGGAGCAGUGCGAAGAUGAGGAGCUGAUGCAACGUCUGCUCUUUUUCAUUGAUGCAUUACUUGAAGUUUCACCAUCUAAAAAUGAUUCGCAUCUGCUGGUUGAUAAUAAAGACCUCUAUAAAACUCUCCAAAAGUUAGUUAUUACAAAGCUACCCCCGGAAUCAUUCGAGGCCCAGCUUUUAUCAUCCAUUCGGCGCCGUUAUUCGCUCUUCGGCUGCGAUUUAAAUCAGGAUGAGGUAGGGAAAUAA